GGCUUGAGCGCGCGCGCGCGAAGAUGGCGGCGGCCGGCGGCAGCCCGUGUGUUAGGAGCAGCAGAGAACUGUGGACCAUUCUGCUUGGGAGAUCGGCCCUUCGGGAACUGAGUCAGAUCGAGGCAGAGCUGAAUAAGCACUGGCAGCGGCUGUUGGAGGGGCUUUCUUACUAUAAACCUCCAAGUCCAACUUCAGCGGAGAAAGUAAAAGCUAGUAAAGACGUAGCUUCACCUCUGAAGGAACUGGGUUUAAGAAUCAGCAAGUUUUUGGGUCUGGACGAAGAACAGAGUGUGCAGCUGCUCCAGUGUUACCUGCAGGAGGAUUACCGGGGUACUCGGGACUCCCUAAAGACGGUGCUGCUGGACGAAAGGCAGAGCCAGGCCUUGAUUCUGAAGAUUGCAGACUAUUACUAUGAAGAAAGAACAUGUAUUCUUCGCUGUGUGUUACACCUCCUCACAUAUUUUCAAGAUGAAAGACACCCUUAUAGGGUUGAAUAUGCCGAAUGUGUUGAUAAGUUGGAGAAGGACUUAGUUACAAACUACCGACAGCAGUUUGAAGAGCUCUAUAAAACAGAAGCACCCACAUGGGAGACACAUGGAAACCUCAUGACUGAACGCCAGGUGUCUCGCUGGUUUGUUCAAUGCCUCCGUGAACAGUCGAUGCUGCUCGAGAUCAUUUUUCUUUACUAUGCAUACUUUGAGAUGGCACCCAGUGAUCUGCUGGUACUGACCAAGAUGUUCAAGGGGCAGGGCUUUGGCAGCCGGCAGACCAACAGGCACCUGGUGGAUGAGUCUAUGGAUCCUUUCGUCGAUCGGAUCGGGUACUUCAGUGCCCUUAUCCUUUUGGAAGGCAUGGAUAUUGAAUCCCUGCAUAAGUAUGCUCUGGAGGACCAGAGAGAGCUGCACCAGUUCGCCCAGGAUGGGCUCAUCUGCCAGGAAAUGGACUCGUUGAUGUUGACCUUUGGGGACAUUUCCCAUCAUGCCCCAGUGCUCUUGGCCUGGGCUCUGCUCCGCCACACCCUAAACCCAGAAGAGUCCAGCAGUGUUGUCCGGAAGAUGGGGGGCACAGCCAUCCAGCUGAACGUCUUUCAGUAUUUGACCCGUCUGCUUCGCUCGCUGGCCAGUGGGGGAAAUGAUUGUACCAACAGCACAGCGUGCAUGUGCAUAUACGGACUCCUGUCUUUCGUCCUCACCUCAUUGGAACUGCACACGUUAGGCAAUCAGCAGGAUUUGCUCGACGCUGCAUGUGAGGUCCUGACCGACCCUUCUCUUCCGGAACUGUUUUGGGGAACAGAGCCAACCUCUGGCCUUGGGAUCAUCCUAGACAGUGUGUGUGGAAUGUUUCCCCAUCUUCUCUCCCCGCUCCUGCAGUUAUUACGAGCCCUUGUAUCAGGGAAAUCAACAGCCAAAAAGGUAUACAGCUUCCUGGAUAAGAUGUCCUUCUACAAUGAACUUUAUAAGCACAAGCCCCAUGAUGUCAUCUCCCACGAGGAUGGAACUCUCUGGAGGAGGCAGACAUCCAAACUUCUUUACCCUCUAGGGGGUCAGACUAACCUUCGCAUACCUCAGGGCACUUUGGGACAAGUCAUGCUGGAUGACCGGGCUUACCUAGUACGCUGGGAGUACUCGUACAGCAGCUGGACGCUCUUCACCUGUGAGAUCGAGAUGCUCCUUCAUGUAGUUUCCACUGCAGAUGUGAUUCAGCACUGCCAGCGGGUCAAGCCCAUCAUCGACCUGGUUCAUAAGGUCAUCAGUACAGAUCUGUCCAUCGCAGAUGGCCUCUUGCCCAUCACAUCCCGCAUCUACAUGCUGCUGCAGCGGUUAACCACGGUCAUAUCCCCACCUGUGGAUGUCAUCGCCUCUUGUGUCAAUUGCUUGACUGUUUUGGCUGCCCGGAACCCAGCAAAGGUUUGGACUGAUCUGCGCCACACCGGCUUCCUCCCUUUUGUGGUCCACCCGGUCUCCAGCAUGAGCCAGAUGCUCAGUGCUGAGGGGAUGAAUGCCGGGGGGUAUGGGAACCUCCUAAUGAACAGUGAACAGCCCCAGGGUGAGUACGGAGUCACCGUUGCCUUCCUGCGCCUCAUCACCACACUGGUCAAGGGACAGCUGGGUAACACCCAGAGCCAAGGGCUGGUGCCUUGUGUCAUGUUUGUGCUGAAGGAGAUGCUGCCCAGCUACCACAAGUGGCGCUACAACUCCCAUGGUGUGAGAGAGCAGAUCGGUUGCCUGGUCCUGGAGCUGAUUCACGCGAUACUGAACCUGUGCCCCGAGAUGGACUUACACAACAGUCACAUCCCAAGCCUGCAGUCCCUGUGCAUCUGCAGCCUGGCCUACACGGAAGCUGGCCAGACUGUCAUCAACAUCAUGGGCAUUGGGGUGGACACUAUUGACAUGGUGAUGGGUGUGCAACACCGAAGUGAUGGAGUGGACGGCCAUGGGCAAGGCCAGCUGCUGAUCAAGACGGUGAAGCUGGCGUUCUCUGUCACCAACAAUGUCAUUCGGCUGAAGCCUCCUUCCAAUGUGGUGUCCCCACUCGAGCAGGCCCUCACCCAGCAUGGUGCCCACGGGAACAAUCUCAUUGCAGUCCUUGCCAAGUACAUCUACCACAAGCAUGAUCCCGCCCUGCCUCGUCUGGCCAUCCAGCUGCUCAAACGUCUGGCCACGGUGGCCCCGAUGUCGGUGUAUGCCUGCCUAGGCAAUGACGCCGCAGCCAUUCGCGAUGCCUUCCUGACGCGCCUCAAGAGCAAGAUUGAGGACAUGCGCAUCAAAGUCAUGAUUUUGGAAUUCCUCACAGUUGCUGUCGAGACACAGCCGGGCCUCAUCGAACUGUUUCUCAACUUGGAGGUGAAGGACAGUGCUGACGGCUCAAAGGAAUUCAGCCUUGGCACUUGGAGCUGCCUGCACGUGGUACUGGAGCUGAUUGACACUCAGCAGCAGGACCGCUACUGGUGCCCGCCCCUGCUGCACCGUGCCGCCAUCUCCUUCCUGCAUGCUCUGUGGCAGGACCGGCGCGAUAGCGCCAUGCUUGUCCUCAGAACCAAACCCAAGUUUUGGGAGAAUCUCACCAGCCCACUAUUUGGGACUCUUUCUCCUCCUUCAGAAACAUCCGAGCCCAGUGUCCUGGAAACCUGUGCUCUCAUCAUGAAGAUCAUUUGCUUGGAACUUUACUAUGUAGUUAAGGGCUCGUUGGACCAGUCGCUCAAAGACACUCUGCUGAGAUUCUCCCGUGAGGAGCGAUUUACCUACUGGUCAGGCUACGUGCGGUCUUUGGCGGUGCACACGGCGCAGACGGAAGGCAGCAGCUGCGCCUUCUCCUUCGAGUACCAGAUGCUCGUCUCGGCCUGGAGGAUGCUGCUCAUCAUUGCCACCAGCCACGCCGAGAUCUUGCACCUGACGGACUCUGAAGUGCGCCGCCAGCUCUUCCUGGACGUUCUUGAUGGGACCAAGGUUCUACUCCUGGUCCCAGGCUCUGUGAACUGCCUGCACCUGGGCUCCAUGCUAUGUACUCUGCUACUUGUCCUGCUCCGCCAGUGGAAGGGAGAGUUGGGGUCUGUGGACGAAAUCCUGGGGCCCUUGACUGAGAUCCUGGAGGCCGUGCUGCAGGCCGACCAGCAGCUCAUGGAGAAGACCAAGGCCAGGGUGUUCUCUGCUUUCAUCACUGUGCUGCAGAUGAAGGAGCUGCGAGUGAGCGACAUUCCCCAGUACUCAGAGCUGGUGCUGAGCGUAUGUGGGGCGCUCCAGGAGCAGCUGAUUGCACUCUUCGACCAGACACGUCAGAGUCUGGCUACUGGCAGCAGCACCGAGGACAAAGACAGCAUGGAGACGGACGACAGCUCCCGGACACGCUCUAAGGACCAGCGUGAUGGGGUGUGUGUGCUGGGCCUGCACCUGGCCAAGGAGCUGUGUGACGUGGAUGAGGACGGUGACUCGUGGCUGCAGGUGACCCGGCGGCUGCCCAUCCUGCCCACCCUCUUCACUGCACUGGAGGUGAGCCUGCGCCUCAAGCAGAACCUGCACUUCACCGAGGCGUCCCUGCACCUGCUGCUCACGCUGGCCCGCACACAGCAGGGUGCCACAGCCGUGGCAGGAGCCGGCAUCAUCCAGAGCAUCUGCCUGCCACUCCUCAGCGUGUACCAGCUCAGCAGCAAUGGCACAGGACAGGCCACAGUUACUUCCCGGAAGUCUCUGGUGGACGUGCCGUCGUGGCCAGGGGUCUACCGCCUGUCCAUGUCCCUGAUGGAGCGGCUUCUCAAGACUCUGCGCUACAACUUCCUGACCGAGGCCUUGGACUUUCUGGGGGUGCAUCAGGAGCGCACCUUACAGUGCCUCAAUGCGGUGAGGACGGUGCAGAGUGUGGCCUGCUUGGAGGAGGCUGAUCACACAGUGGGCUUCAUCCUGCAGCUAUCCAACUUCACUAAGGAGUGGCGCUUCCACCUGCCCCAGCUUAUGCGGGACGUCCAGGUCAACCUGUGCUACCUGUGCCAGGCCUGCACAUCCCUGCUGCACAGCCGCAAGAUGCUGCAACACUACCUGCAGAACAAAAAUGGGAACGGUCGCCCUUCAGCUGCCGGCCCCCGGCUACAGCGGCAAUUGGCCACCCUGUCCACCUCGUCUAAGCAACCCAGUGCUGACACAGAGGCCUCGAAGCAGCGGGCCUUACACGCAGUCCAAUACGCCCUCCUUAAGAUCCUCUGCAGGACCUUGGCGGCCCUGCGCCACUUCACCCCUGAUGUCUGCCAGAUCCUGCUGGACCAGUCCCUGGACCUGGCCGAGUACAACUUCCUGUUUGCCCUGAGCUUCACCACUCCCACCUUUGACUCUGAAGUGGCCCCAUCCUUUGGCACCCUGCUGGCCACGGUUAAUGUGGCUCUCAACAUGCUUGGAGAGCUCGACAAGAAAAAGGAGCCUCUAACACAGGCUGUCGGGCUCAGCACGCAGGCGGACGGGAGCAGGACACUGAAGGCCCUCUUGAUGUUCAGCAUGGAGAACUGCUUCUACCUCCUCAUCUCCCAGGCCAUGCGCUACCUGCGGGACCCGGCCGUGCCAUCCCGGGACAAGCAGCGCAUGAGGCAGGAGCUUAGCUCCGAGCUGAGCACGCUGCUCUCCAGCCUUUCCCGCUACUUCCGCCGUGGUACCCCCAGCUCCCCUGCAACUGGGGUCCUCCCCUCGCCUCAGGGCAAGUGCAGCUCCUCGUCCAAGGCCAGCACUGAGAGCCAGGAACCCCUGAUCCAGCUGGUGCAGGCCUUCGUGCGCCACGUGCAGAGAUAGAGCAGCACCCCUGCUGCCCAUUCGCCGGCCACUCCUGCUGGCAUUAUUUUUAUAACAGAAGAGGUCGGCAGCAGGCCCACUCCUGAGGAGGGGGGCUCCUUCCCAGCACCUGUAAGACCUGGCCUGGACCAGGCAGGACAGGGUCUGGUCACUCGCUGCCUGCCAGUGGUCAGGCCCAGGGUCAGGAGCUGUCUCCUGGGCUCCAUGGUUGAGAUUUUUGGUAAUACUGCGGUCUAUUUAUACAAAUAUUAAAGUUCUCUUUAUAGA